AUGGCAUUUUUGCUAGCAAUUGGAGCUGUUGGUUUUGAAGCACAGUUGUGUUAUGAACUACUUCUUUCACUGUUGGUUACUCCCAGUGCUGUGGAAGUCCUCAGGAUUUUUUGUGUUUCUUUCCUAGAAUCACUUUGCAUGAGGAAUGAUUCCAGGUGCCUGUCAAACUCUUGCCAAAAGAACUCUACAUGUGUUGCUGGUCAUAAAGAUGACCCUUGCCUUUGUGCAGAUGCAUCAGUGGACAGCGUGGAGGAGCUCUGCAACAAAACCUCCAACCCUUGCUCCUCAAACCCUUGUCUCCAAAACGCUACCUGCCUAGGCUCUGCUGGAAACCUCAGCUUCCCCUGCCAGUGCCCUGCUGGGUAUAAUGGACCUACCUGUGAAAGAGCUGACAGUGACUGUGACACCAAUCCAUGUGAGCAUGGAGGCACCUGCCAAAGUGGCCUGGCAGGGCCCACCUGCCUCUGCAGUGCCGGCUACACCGGGAGGCUGUGCGAGAGAGAUUUGGAUGAGUGCAUCUCUGAGCCGUGCCGCAACGGAGCCCUCUGCAGGGAUGGCGUGGACGAAUAUUUCUGCUACUGUGUCCCAGGCUACCAGGGCAAGCACUGUGACCUGGAAGUGAAUGAAUGUGCCUCAGACCCGUGCCUGAACGGGGCAACGUGCCUCAACCAGAUAGGGCACUAUGACUGCAUCUGUCCCCUUGGCUACACAGGUACAAACUGUGAGGUGGAAAUCGAUGAGUGCUUGUCCCAGCCAUGCCUGAACGGGGGGACCUGCCACAACUCCCUGGGGAGUUUUUCCUGCUUGUGCAUGCGGGGCUUCCUCGGGGACCUCUGCGACACCGACAUUGACGAGUGCUCCAGCCAGCCCUGCCUCCAUGGGGGACACUGCAUGGAUGGGGCCAACGGAUACAGCUGCAACUGCACUGGGACUGGAUUUAUGGGAUCGCACUGUGAGACCCUCGCUCCCUUAUGUUGGUCACAACCAUGCUACAACAAUGCCACUUGUGAGGACCUUGCUGACAAUUACACGUGCCACUGUUGGCCAGGGUACGCGGGCUCCCGCUGCGAGCAGGACAUCGGCGAGUGCCGCAGCAGCCCCUGCCUCUCCGGCGGAAUCUGCGUGGAGCGCUCCUGGGCCGGCCACUACGGGCUCGUCCCGGGGCUGCCGUCCGCCUUCCGCUACGACCGGGCCGAGGGCUACAUCUGCCGCUGCCCGCCGGGCUUCGCCGGUACUCACUGUGAUGAAGAUGUCAACGAAUGUUACACAAACCCUUGCCAAAAUGGUGGGAUCUGUGAGAAUUUUCCUGGAAAUUACACUUGCCAUUGCCCACCUGCAGACAAAGAAGGGAUUUUUUAUGGUGGCUGGAACUGUACAGAAGUUCUGCAUGGCUGUACUGAUCAUCAAUGCCAAAACAAUGGAAUAUGUAUCCCACAUUUAAAAAAUGGCCAACACGGAUUCAGCUGCAUAUGCUCACCUGGGUAUACUGGAAUACACUGUGAAACUGUAACCACAUUUUCUUUUCAAGGAAACAGUUUCCUUUUGUUGCAGAAUCCCCAGACCCAUAAAAAGGAUUUUUUCUAUAAUAUAAACCUGAGGUUUCAAACUGUGCAACCCACAGCUUUUCUGUUUCAACGAGGGGAGAAAAACACCUUUGCAAAGUUGGAAGUACUGAAUGGCUACUUACAGUUAUCCGUGCAAGUCAAUAAUCAGCCACAGGCUCUUUUGCAUAUUCCACAUAAUGUCAGUGAUGGAGAAUGGCAUUCAGUGGAGGUAACCUUGGCAAGAGCUGUUAUUCUUAAUUUGCUUGACAGCUCUUGUGUCGAAUCCUGUCUCAAUAAAACAUCUGCUAAGAUAGAUAACGAGCUGGUGAUGUUUGCAUUUCAGAGCACGUUUUUGGGCGGCUUACCAGUGGGGAACAGCAACUCUCUACAGAACACGUUUAAUACACAUUCUGCACCUUCAUUUGUAGGCUGUCUUCAGGAUAUUGAGAUAGACUUGAAUGUUAUUACUCCAGAGAAUGUAUCAUCUGGGUCAUCUUUAAAUGUCAGGACAGGAUGUGCUAAAAAGGACUGGUGUGUUCCCCACCCGUGCCAGAACAGGGGACGCUGCAUCAACCUGUGGCUGAGCUACCACUGUGACUGCUACCGGCCCUACACAGGGCCAGGCUGUGCAACAGAGUUCAUUCCAGGCCGGUUUGGAUUCGAGGACUCCUCAGGCUAUGCUGCUUUUCCUGUUGAUUCCAUUCAGAAUGAGAACUUCAUCAUAUCAAUGUUUGUCCGAACACGCAAAUCUUCUGGCUUGUUACUGGCUCUGAGAAACAGUACUUACCUCUACAUAAGAGUCUAUUUGGAAGGUGGAAAACUCACCAUGCUAGCUCUAAAUUCCAUGAAGUUAUUAGGGAAACACUUCGUGAAUGAUGGAAACUUUUACUUAAUAACAUUAAAAAUAGAACCAAAUAAGAUGGAGUUGUUCCAGUCCUCUCACUACCUAGGCUUUAUUUCUACUCCAGCACUAACCAUCCAAAGUAAGGAUAUUCUUUACAUUGGAGGCCUACCGGAUAACACAGAAACUGAUAGAAAUGGCAGGUAUUUCAAAGGCUGUAUCCAAGAUGUAAGAGUGAAUAACCAGCCGCUGGAAUUCUUCCCCAUCACCAAUCCACUGAAUUCUACCAACCGAACUCUGAUCAAUGUCACCCAAGGCUGCACUGGUGACAACCUCUGCAAGUCCAACCCUUGUCACAACGGUGGUGUGUGCUAUUCAAUCUGGGAUGACUUCACUUGCACGUGCCCCCCUAACACAGAGGGGAAGGCAUGUGAGGAAGUUAAGUGGUGUGAGCUUGGGCCCUGUCCUCAUGAAGCACAAUGCCAGCUGGUGCACCAAGGAUUUGAAUGUCUUGCUAACGCAGUGUUCAGUGGCCGGAGCAGUGCGAUAUUUUACAGAAGCAAUGGGAAAAUCAGCAGAGACCUCACUAAUAUCGUCUUUGGCUUUCGAACCAGGGACACUGAUGUGAUCCUGCUGUAUGCAGAGAGGGAGCCUGAGUUUGUCAUCAUCAGUAUACACAACUCCAAACUCCUGUUUCAAUUACAAAGUGGCAACAACUUCUACAGGCUGACCCUUGUGAGUUCAGUGCCCGUGAGUGAUGGCAAAUGGCACCAAGUGAUGGUCUCUAUGGUGGAGCCCCUGUCCCAGUCCUCCAGAUGGCACUUGGAUAUAGACAAGAAAGACAUGGCAACCAGCACAGCUGCUGCAGGAAGCCUCAACUUUUUAAGAGAAGAGACAGACAUCUAUGUGGCUGACAAGGCUUUCGACAGCCUGGAUGGCCUGCGAGGGUGCAUGAGCACCAUAGAAAUCAGUGGCAUUUAUCUCUCAUACUUUGAAAAUGCUGACAUACCUACUAAAAAACCUCAAGAGGAACAAUUUCUCAAAAUAUCUGCAAACCCUGCUCUUACAGGCUGUUUGCAGGUAGAUUUCUGCAGCUCUGACCCUUGUAUGCAUGGGGGCAUAUGUGAAGACUUGUACACUUCCUACCACUGUGUAUGUCCCACUGGAUGGACUGGCACCUACUGUGAAGUCAACAUCAAUGAGUGCUCUUCAAACCCCUGCAUCUAUGGGAACUGCACAGAUGGGACUGCCUCCUAUGAGUGCAGCUGUGAGCCUGGUUACACUGGGGAGAACUGUGAGGAGGAUAUAGAUGACUGCCGUGGCCACCAGUGCAUGAAUGGGGCUACUUGUGUGGAUGGGAUUAAUGGAUACUCCUGCCUGUGUGCUGCUAACUUCACGGGGAGGUUUUGCAGAUAUCGAAGAUUACCUUACACAGUUUGUGGGAAUGAAGAGAGGAACCUCACGUGUUUCAACUAUGGCAACUGCACUGACCUUGGCAGUGAGCUGACCUGCAUGUGCCUGCCGGGGUUUGUGGGAGAACGGUGUGAGAAGGACAUUGAUGAGUGCAGCUCUGACCCAUGUCUGAACGGGGGCCUCUGCCAGAACCUCCUCAACAAGUUCCACUGCCUGUGUGACGUGAACUUUGCUGGAGACCGCUGUGAGAUUGAUCUGGCAGCUGACUUGAUCUCGAGCAUAUUCACAGCCAUUGGCUUGGUGACGCUGGCCCUGCUGGUGGUGCUGUCCUUGGCCAUGGUGGUCUCCGCUGUCACUGCCAGCAAACGGGCGACACAGGGCACCUACAGCCCCAGCCGCCAGGAGAAGGAAGGGUCCCGGGUAGAGAUGUGGAACAUGGUGCAGCCACCACCUGUGGAAAGACUGAUCUAG